AUUAAUGAGGGUGUGAAUAUUCAUGAGGGUGACGUCACGCGCGCACACCCCCACCCCACCCCCACCCGGCGGCCUUCCCCUACAGCAGCAUUAGCCACGAUGUCGACACGAGGCUACAAGGCGACGGUGCGGGACCGCGAGGAGCUCUACCGCCUCAUCAUCAGCCAGCUGCUGUACGACGGCCACGCCGCCAUCGCCGCCACCCUCAUCGGCGCCGUGAACCUGGGCCCCGCCGUGCCGCCCUCCGAGAGGCUGCUCCACCUCGCCCGGAUCGGGAAGGAGCAAGAGGACACCAACCCUAGCCGGCCGGUGGGGCGUUCGGACAUGGUGGCACCGGGGACGGGGGUGGACCUGGAGUUCGACGCGGAUGUGCAGACGUCCUCGCCGGAGGCGUGCGAGUACGAGACGUGCUACGUGACGUCGCACAAGGGGCCCUGCCGCUCCGCCACCUACAGCCGCGAUGGGCAGCUCAUCGCCACGGGCUCGGCCGACGCCUCCAUCAAGAUCCUCGACACCGAGCGAAUGCUGGCCAAGAGUGCGACGCCCAUCGAGGUGAUGAUGAACGAGACAGCCCAGCAGAACAUGGAGAAUCACCCGGUGAUCCGCACGCUUUACGACCACACGGAUGAGGUGACCUGUCUCGCCUUCCACCCCACCGAGCAGAUCCUGGCCUCCGGCUCACGCGAUUAUUCGCUCAAGCUCUUCGACUUCUCCAAGCCGUCCGUCAAACGGGCGUACAAGUCGCUGCAGGAGGCGGAGGUGCUUCGUUGCCUGGCCUUCCACCCAGCGGGCGACUUCCUCCUGGUGGGCACACGGCACCCGACGCUGCGGAUGUACGACGUCACGACGUGCGAGUGCUACGUGUCGCCCAACCCCGCGGACCAGCACACGGACGCCGUCACGGGUGUCGCCUACAACCCGACAGCCAACUCGUACGUGUCGUGCAGUCGCGACGGCACCAUAAAGCUGUGGGACGGCGUGUCCAGCCGCUGCGUGGCCACGUACGACCGCGCGCACGGCGGGGCGCCCGUCUGCUCCGUGGUCUUCUCGCGCAAUGCCAAGUACGUGCUCUCAAGUGGCAAGGACUCGAUGGUGCGCCUCUGGGAGCUGUCCGCAGGGCGCGCACUGCUCACCUACACCGGCGCUGGCCUCAGCGGGAAGCAGACUCACCGCACACAGGCCGUGUUCAACCACACGGAGGAUUACGUGCUCUUCCCCGACGAGUGGACAGUCAGCCUCUGCUGCUGGGAUUCCCGCACCACGGAGCGCAAGAACCUCCUCUCGCUGGGCCACAACAAUGCCGUCCGCUGCCUCGUCCACUCGCCCACCAGCGCCGGCUUCAUGACCUGCAGCGACGAUUACCGCGCGCGCUUCUGGUACCGCCGCGCCGCUACCGAGUGAGCGAGUGAACGGGCGGAUGGCGCAUGCCCGCUUGCCUUACACGCUAACGAGCAGACACAACCAUUUAGCGGCUCUCUCCGAACUUGACAUUGGCCGCCAUUGGCCCGGCAUAGCUUUUCUAGCGUUGUUCUUUUUUUAAAGAUGUUAUUUCGAUUUUAUUAUUAUUAUCUUCCACUGGACCUGGCCAGGUGGAAUCAGCAGCAGAGUGAGCAGAUUUCAAUGUGAAGGUUUUCAUUUCAAACCCUGGUUCGGGGUUGACUCAGCCCAUCAUGCAUCUUAGGUCAAUCAAGAGUGUGGAUAUGCUCACUCCCUCCUACCAUGGGAUUGUGGCAUUUCUAUCACUGGCUCAUGGCUGUAAACAGGAUAUGAUGACCAACUUAAUGCUCUUGAGCAAGGCAUCAUUUGAACUUGUUUUUCUUCCACUCUUGUAGUUAAGCAACAAACCUUUGAAGCUGCCUAUGUAAGAUUACAGCUGUUGCAGAGAACGUUGAUGUGUGUAUGUUGAACAUAGCCAACCGUGUGAAUCGGAGGUGCAAGGGAAGGACAAUCUAAACACAAAAAAGCAGUUCUAAAAAAAUGAGUUUUCAAUCGAGAUGAUUUAAACGUGCAUAGCUCCAGUGGCUUCCUAAUAUCGGAAGAUCGUUCCAGACGGCCGCAGAAGCGCAUCUGAAUGCGCGCGAUACGGGGACCUUGUUUGUUCGAUGGGUAGCCAAAAGCCGCUGCGAGUUCGCGUGAUGAUGGUUUGUGUUCCUUGAUUAGAACGGCAAGGUAUCAUGCUGCGUAAAGAGUGGUUGUAUGUCAUGUGUUCGAUAUCAUUACACAUUUUAGCUCUUGUGUCUGAGCCAGACUAAAUUGAUUGAACAGCAAAAUUAAAUGCAGAUUGUUUUUGUUCAGUUAUUGCUGACCAUUUCAUAAAAUUAUCAGUGGUCUCUGCUGCAUCCUCUUAUAAUUCUAUAGGCUGAUUUUUCCAAUAAUACUCAAGUCUGACGUGCGGUGAUUUCAGAUGCAAGUUCUGUGCUCAUCUAUUCAGAAUCAUCUGUAUUAACUGAGUUGAAAGAGACUCCCCUACCAUUAGGACAUGUGUAAUCUGGGCUCAGCAUAAUGGUUGCAACCACAUUUGUUGAGCCAACUUCAUAAGUGUUUGGUGUAAAGCACACUCCUCGCUGAUGACGUUGGUAACAUUGUUGAUUUGUGGCUUAUAAAUGAUGAAAUCACGUUACCAUGAACAUUUCAGGUGGCUUAACAAGUGAUUUUUACAAGACUCGGCAGGAAACGCAUUGUCACAGAAAUCUGUGAUUUAACGCUUACAAACACAACAAUUUUAUACAAAAGAAAAAUUACUGUGAAGCCAGUGAUGCCUGGGAUUAAUUAGAAAUGACACUUGACCCAAGACUUCACCAAUGCAUAUGUUGUGAGCACUGGGCUUUAGAGCAAGUAACGGGUAAUAUUGGCCUCAUCAAAACAUAUCUUUAGGUUUAGCACAAACUCUGCAGUGGGGCCAAGGAUGCCGGGUUUCUUAGCGCCCACACAUGGAUGUCUAAACAGUGAGCAGAGUAGUGAGCAGUGUGUUGGUAGGAAAUACCAGGCCGUGACAUGGAGUUUAAAACAUGUGCUGUGGCAGGUUAGUACUUGAACAUGUUCUGAAGAUCGUGCGAAUGCAGUAUAUUUGUCCCUAUUCCUUGGGCAAGAACAAUUUUUUUUGUUCCAAGAAAGUAUCGCAUUCAGCACAAUUCAUCUAUGGGUAUUGUAUAUUUUUUUACAUUCACAUUGUAUGUAUUGACCAAACUCAAAGAACUGUCAUGUAAAAAUAAAAGAAUGAGUUUUACUGUCUGUGCAUCCGGCCAACAGUCCAUGCCCA